AGCCCGUUUUAACGAGGGUCGACUGUACAUCAUAGGGCAAACGUUUAUCUGUGCCAUAAAUGAUGUAGUAGGGUGAUUGGCCCGUGGAGCUAUUGAUUGACCCAUUAAUCGAGGCUGUAACUGGAGGUAACCAAUCUAACCAUGCCAUGUGCAUUGGAUUCAUGAUACAGUAUGUCGAAGAAUCUCAGGGAUUUUACAAUUGGUUCUUUCAACCAGCCCAUUCACCUGUGGUUGAUAAGCUGUGAUGAAUCUGUUGGAUGCUUUAUUGCAGGUAAAUUUGUGCAAAAAGUUGAUUUUUAAACUCUGAUCUGUUGUCGGAUAGAAGAACCUUAGAUGUGGUGAAUGGGCAUAUCAGAUGCAUCACUAGAGCGUGAGCUACUGCCUCGGCAUAUUUAUCCUGCACAGGGGCUAAAAUUACAAAUCUGGAGAAGUGAUCCACAGCUAGUUGAACGGACGUUCUGGUGCAGGAUAUUGUAGCAUUGGAGCAGGUGGAAUAGUGGUACUCUUGUGUGGAGAACACAAUGUGUUGCUCAAUGUCUUUUCAUAUUAAUAUAAAUGUUACUGUGUUAGAGCAGGGGCUAUUACAAGGAGGGCCAGGGGAAGGCAGGGGUAGGAGGGCUAUGGGAAGACAGGAGUAGGGGAAGUCACUGUACAAGCCAUCCUUGAUUUACAAAAGAGUUCCAUUAGUGAAGAAAAAACUUCGUAAAUCAAAACUUUUGUAAACAUAGCCUUGGUGAAUCGAUAAAUGCCUGUACUUGUGUGUGUGUUCUGCUGGUGGAUGAUCCCCACUCCACAGUAUACCCCUCUUGCUCUCAACUUUAUAACAGUAACAAAACUGUUUUCUCCGCAGCAGAGUCGAAGUCGGCAACCUGGGGCUUCUGGUCGCCUACAUCGAACACAGACUGGUGACUGGGUGUGGUCCAGUGACGAGGGAGAUGAUAAAGAUUCGGAAGAGGCUGACAAAAUAUCUACAAGUAGUUGUGAAAGUGGUGGAGAGAAGCCGCCAUCACAACCAGAAGCUCCUUCACCACCGACUCAACCAUCCCAUUCUCCACAAGCACAGCCGCAGGAGCCACAGCCACUGCAGCCAAGUACGGCGGUGGUAACGCAGCCGCCACAGUCGCAACAGCAAGCAGUACAACACCAGAGCAACCCCUCCCAACAGCCACUCCUACUUCAACAACCACAACCUCCACUAAAUUAUCAGCCCCAAGUGGUGGCACAGUACCAGCAGCCCAUCCCUGCCACGGUGCCCCCCCAGGCGUACACACCACAGUACAUGCAGCCGGUGCCGACCAUCCCUCAGUCACAAGCUCAUUCAUUACCUCCCCAGUCUUACCCUAUCCAGAACAUUCCCCAACAGACUGUGGGAGUGUUGCCCCAACAGGUGGCCAACAUGGUACCAGUGUCAGGCAUGGUACAAGACAUCAUGAUGGCCGCUCCAAUGGCCCCAGUCGUGCCCACCAGCAUACCAGGAGGUGUGUCCUUCCCUCAAGGAGUGCCUGAUGUAGUAGGUCAGGGCAUGAUCCAGCCAGUGCCUGUACCUGUAGUGCCUCAGGUGGUUGGAGGCGCCACUGACUGCUAUGUGGCACCUCCCAUCCACCAAGUUUCUGUUGAUAAUGACCCCAUCAACUUGGUGCUCAGAGUCAGGAACCAGAAGAGAGAACUUAAUGACAUCCGGUUUGAGUUCACCGUUGGACGAGACACCUCGGAGGGCGUUGCCUCAGAGUUAGUAGCAGCUGGACUGGUAGAUGGUCGAGACUUAGUCGUUAUUGCUGCUAACUUAGACAAGAUUACACAACAUCCUGAAAUGGGGCAAAACCUAACUUUUAGAUUGAAUUCAGAUUGUGAGCCUAAUGAAGCACCAGACGAUAAGGCAUUAAUAGGAUUUGCUCAGCUAACAAUCUCCGACUGACGAGAUCGCAUGGGCUUCCCCGACACAUGGUCAGCCCAGGGUCCUCUGCACCUUUUAGGACGGCCCGACGUGUCGACCAGGAGGCAAAGCAACAGUCGUAGUGUGAUUUGUGAUGAUCAAAAAUUCAUUUUAGUAUUUUUUCAUAGUGUAGGAGUUUUUUUCAAACGUGUAGUAAAAUUCUGGAAAUGAGAGGGAAAUGUUUUUUGUAAAUUGCAACAUAUUCUGUGAUGUGUAAAGGAGAUUCUCAUCUCCCUUAUAAGACUUUUGAUUACAUUUUUCAGUUGUGCGGUUUUCAUAUAGUGCAAUACAAUUUCCUGAGCAGUUAUAUUUGCAUUAUAAUAAUCAUAUUUGCUCUGAUUCUUAAGUAACUGUCAAUAUUUUCUUGUAAUAAGUUAUGGUUUACCAAGUUUAUAUUGCAUGUCUUUAAUGGAGGGAGACGCACCUGUCACCACACUGGGGAGGCAAUCAGUUGCUGUUAGUUACAGUAGUUAGUUUAUGGUCAUGUUAUCGAUCAGGUCCAUCAGGUCUUGUUAUCGAUCAGGUCCAUCAGGUCUUGUUAUCGAUCAGGUUCAUCAGGUCUUGUUAUUGAUCAGGUCCAUCAAGUCAUGUUACUAGGGGUCACCUCAUAUUGGUCUAGUGUGGGGAAGGUGCACCUGCCAUGGCCGCCACACUUCCAGCUUCAUGAGAUCACCAAAAUCUAUGUUUAUUACACCUGUAGUUUACUGAUUAUUGUUAUAAGAAGUAAGAUUUAGUCAUGGCACCAUAUACAGUACAUGGUGUGGGAGGUGGAUGAUGAUAACUGGUGGAGGGAGUACAUGGUGUGGGAGGUGGAUGAUGAUAACUGGUGGAGGGAGUACAUGGUGUGGGAGGUGGACGAUGAUAACUGGUGGAGGGAGUACAUGGUGUGGGAGGUGGACGAUGAUAACUGGUGGAGGGAGUACAUGGUGUGGGAGGUGGAUGAUGAUAACUGGUGGAGGGAGUACAUGGUGUGGGAGGUGGAUGAUGAUAACUGGUGGAGGGAGUACAUGGUGUGGGAGGUGGAUGAUGAUAACUGGUGGAGGGAGUACAUGGUGUGGGAGGUGGAUGAUGUUAACUGGUGGAGGGAGUGCAUGGUGUGGAUGAUGAUAGCUGGUGGAGGGAGUACAUGGUGUGGGAGGUGGAUGAUGAUAACUGGUGGAGGGAGUACAUGGUGUGGGAGGUGGAUGAUGAUAACUGGUGGAGGGAAUACAUGGCGUGGGAGGUGGAUGAUGAUAACUGGUGGAGGGAGUACAUGGUGUGGGAGGUGGAUGAUGAUAGCUGGUGGAGGGAGUACAUGGUGUGUAUAAAGGAAGAGUAUAUAGAUAGAAUAAACAUAUAUACAGUUCAGAUUAAUUAAGAAGCUAUGUAAGUCAGGUUUUGUUGUAUCAGUGAAGAAAAUAGACAUUGGUAACCAUUGGUAUUUUCUUUGUGGGGAAUUUAGGUUUGUUUGCAAUAAUUUUUAAUUGAUAACAGCUGAACUUGCAUACACGGUUUUCUUCCCAUUCACACUCAUACAGUGUAAGUUGUUGAUGAAGUGACGUCCUCCCUUCUGUCUCAAGUAGUGUACUCUUGGUCAAAAGCACAUUAAGAUUCAUUUCUAAUGUCAUUUAACUGUUACAGUAAUUUAAUUUUUUAGAGAAAGUUAAUAUUAAUUACAAGUGUUAAUAUUGAAAACAUUUAAUUGUUCGUCCAUUAACGUCUGUGUUAGUUUUUUCUUCAGUUGAUUGAAUUUAUUCCAGUUAAUUUGCUGUAUUAAGCCCCAGGGGAAAGUUUACUAGUGUUAAGGGAUGCCAGUUAGUUACAUUCUUGUUCAUCAACAUAUAGUAGGAAGCAUAAAUAUAUGUCCUCAUUGCUCAUGAAUCAUAUCAUUGUCAUGUGUGUGGUGUUAUGUAAUCUAUUGUUGGUGAAGAAAUUUGUAAUGCAGUAUUUUCACAAUGAUGGUGUUGGUUUGACAGCAGCAGGUAGUGUUGACCCAAGAUGGCCUUACCCUGCACCCUUUCCUUGUAGUCAUCAUCCUGCACUACUCUGCUCUACUUCUGUUUUCCCACUUUGAUAGAUUUUGGAAUUUUUACAAAAAGAUGGUAAUGUGCAGAAUUUUUACACAAACUCGGACAUAAUAUAAUGUUAAACCGUUCGAGUUAAAGGUGAUAUACACGUGUUAAGAAUCGGCAUAUUAUGAUUCCAAAAUAAAUGAUAAUUUCUUGUAGUGAAUGAGGGUAGGAGCCCCUGGGUGAUACUGCACACUCAAGUCUGGUACAGUAUAGAUGAGUAUACUUCUUCAUGAUAAUUUUCUUUCAUACAUGAUAUACUUUUUGGAUAUAUUACUGUAUUUAAAUGCUAAACAUGUAAUAUAUGACUAUAUUUUAAGAGAGAUGCAUACCGCCCAGGGUCUUGUCCUACCCUGAUGUACUUGCAGCUGUUCAAGUCAUUGGAUGUAGUGAUGCACACGACGAAUAUUAAGCUGAAUGGGUAGUAUUUAUAGCCACGUUUUCCUUAACUAUACUGUAUAGAUAAAUCACUUGAUCUCUCACAAAAACCUAAGGGUUUAGAAGUGUCUUGUUUAGUGAUAAUAGCCAGUGAAAGACGAAAUGUUAUUGUGUACAGCUUAUUGAAUAAGAGGUUAAUACACUUGUAAAAUAUGACCCAAAUUGUGAAGAGUAAAGAAAGCACAUCUUUGUCCUCGCAGGUAUUCUGAGUGUGAGUCAUAUCCUUGUUAUUGCCUGUGAUGUUUUUGAUUAUGAGGUAAUGGAAAAUUUUCUUUGAAGCCUUAAACAGUGUUGCUGUAGAAUAAUUUAGUGAUUAUCGAUAUAUGAAACAACAUAUUUGACAUAAUUAAUGCCAUAAGCAGCACCAUAAUUGAUUCAUUUGGGUAAUUUUUAUUGGACUCUUUACUGUUUUUAGGAUUUUUGGUGGUAGAGGAAGGAUGGUGGUGUGUGAUGAUGUAACAAUAGUGGUGGUAGAGGAAGGAUGGUGGUGUGUGAUGAUGUAACAAUAGUGGUGG